AUGUCUUGCGAGGCCUUAAGUUCUCAGGCGCUUGCUGCCGUGGACAAGUGCAAAGAGAGUCUGGAAGUCACCAGGGAGACUUUCGAUCAGUUUGUGGUUAAGCUUGUGUGUGAUGAAGGUCAUGAAACGUGUGGGAUGACACAGAACACGGUUGCUGUUGUGAAGAUGAUGAUUCAGAAGCAAUUAGAUGAGAUGGAAACCUGUCUAGACUACAUCUUUGCGUGUACAAACCAAGCAAGGCAGCGCUCCAUGGAAUCGGAUAAGAUUAUCGAGAAUCUCGAAAAAAAGCUAAAGGAACAGGAAGUGAAGAUCCAAGAAUACGACACGGAGUUAAACGUGAAGCAGAGUUCUCUCUGCAAACUGGCAAGGGAGCUAGAGCAGUUACAAGGUCAACUCUGGCUUCAGGGAGAUCACGAAGCGAUGAUAAACAUCAUCAAGAAUGCGACCCAGAAGAUACAGCAUUUCGAGGGAUAUAUGCUUUCACGAGAUGAGUAUGUCAAAGGACUCGUGAAGCAAUUUGAAAAUCUUGAAGCAAUCUCGAAAGCAGACAAGGAUGUCAGAGAAAGGGAUGAGAGCAUGAAGAAUGAUGACGUCUUGUCUUACCUAUAUGAGAAUCUCAGAAAGCAACACGCGAACCUUCUUAGUCUUAACGAAGAGCUGGAGGCCAUGUACAGCAAUGCAAAGGAGGAAGUAGAACAACAAAACCUUGUCAUCUUCGCUUUGAACGAGGAACUGAAAGACACAAGGAGACAAUACCUCAACUCUACGAUGAAACUCACGCAGAGAUUGGUGACAUGUGAGAACGCAAGGGCAUGGGCUACAAACAGCUUCAGUACCACAACUGAGCACCUCAAUGAGGUUCAACAAAAGCUCGACGAUCAGAAGAGUGCAAUCGAACAACUGUUGAUGCUGAACGUGCAAAUCAGUCAAAAGCUAGAUCAGCUAUGCUUCAGAAAUUCGUCAUCUCUUGACUUCUUGAAGAAGACUUUCGAGCGCGACCCUCUGCAGCAGAAUCUGGAUCUCAACUCGUUCGAUGCAGAGGCACUGAGGUCCCUUGUCGGAAAGGCGAUUCAUCAACGGAGCAUAGACCGCAAAGCCAUCUUGUUCUAUGUGAAGCAACAAGAAAACAACUGCAAGAACCUUUUCACGGACGUCAACCAAGCACUGAUCUCGCAGCUUCAGUCACCUGGAGACCUCGAAGAUCACGAAUCUCCCAUGGAUCGCCAGAUACCGGCUGAACAUCCUUCAGAGCUCCAGGACGAACCGGGAAAAUCGCUGCUGGGGACUCUUCUGGACUCCUUCUCAAGGUUCUUCAAAGACGAUCGAGUGCAAGAGAGGGAAGCUCGAAUCCCUGACACGUCAGACCCCACUCCUGGACCAGUCCUGCAAGAACCCAGCGAGGAAUGUCUGCGGGUCGAUCAUGUCUCAGCAGCCCUUGCUCAGGGAAACAAGCUCUCGAAGAUAGACGAAGAAGACGAUGAAGGCACUGAGAUCUCUAACGAGAUGCGCGCUUCAGAGAAGAUAUCCUACAAAGAUCCUGGCGACGAGCGCGAGGCAAUUCUUGUUCGCGAAAUGAUCAUUCCAAGCUCAAAGUCUCAGCGCAGUUGGAUGAUAAUGUUGUGA